AUGGAGUAUGAGCUGCCAUGCAGCGCAGGCGGAGGAAGAGUCCAUGAUGAGGAAAGAACGUCCACUGGUGCUCUGGCCAUGCAGAGUGAAUCAGUGUGUACCAUGCUGCUUCAGAUCCUGCCACCAUUCCUCCUGGCAGGCUUUGGUACAGUGAUGGCUGGUGUGGUUCUGGACAUUGUUCAGCAUUGGGACGUGUUUCAAAAAGUAACAGAGAUCUUCAUCCUGGUGCCAGCAUUACUUGGCAUGAAGGGCAACCUGGAGAUGACACUGGCAUCAAGACUCUCUACAGUGGUAAAUGUUGAGAAAAUUGUCUCUUCAAGAGAGAAGUGGAAGCUAAUCAUUGGAAAUCUUGCCCUCAAGCAGGUUCAGGCUACAGUGCUGGGUUUCUUUGCUGCUUUAUUAGCCUCUGUUCUUGGAUGGGUUCUGGAUGAGAAAUUGACCAUAAACAAUACAGCACUAUUAUGCUGCAGUAGUUUAGUGACAGCAUUAAUUGCAUCGUUAUUCCAAGGUAUCAUUAUGGUGGGUGUGAUUAUUGGCUCAAAGAAGAUUGGGAUUAAUCCAGACAACGUAGCUGCACCAAUUGCUGCUAGUUUUGGUGACCUCAUCACUUUGGGGUUGCUUGCCAUCAUCAGUCAAAGGCUUUUUUCUUGCAUUGACCUCUACCCUUAUGUUAUCUAUAUAGUGUGUGUCAUUUUUCUCUGCCUGACACCAGUCUGGGUGGUAAUUACUUUUUGUCAUCCUGAGAGCCACAAGCUGCUGUAUAAUGGUUGGGAACCUAUAAUCACAGCCAUGGUUAUCAGCAGCAUUGGAGGGGUCAUUCUGGACAAAACUGUUACUGACUUAAACUUAUCAAGAAUUGUGGUUUACACCCCUGUGAUAAAUGGUGUUGGUGGUAACCUGGCUGCCAUCCAGUCUAGCCGUAUAGCCACACAUCUUCAUUUUUACUGCUCCCUGGGAAGCUUGCCUGAGUAUGCAAUGCACCAUCGCUGUCCAUUACGCACCUUUUGCGGCAAAGGAUAUAACACAAGAACAGCUCAGGUGCUGCUGCUUCUAGCUGUUCCAGGCCAUGCAGUCUUUCUCUUUAUUAUUUAUCUGAUGCAAGGUGCCAACACCAGCCCAACACCAAUCUUCAUUACCCUAUAUUUAGUUGCAGCUCUAACACAGGUAUUUCUACUGUUGUGCAUAGCUGACUGGAUGGUUCAUUGCUUAUGGAAAUGCAGCCGAGACCCAGAUAGCUUUUCUAUCCCCUAUCUGACAGCCUUGGGGGAUCUACUGGGUACUGGACUGUUAGUUCUUUGUGUUUUUGCUGUGGGUGCUUAAUGACAAGGACACACUUGGGUGACUGAAAUGGAUAAGC